UCCGUAGCUAAAGUCGCCGAAUGGAAUGAACUAAUUGCGAAGGGUGUCAAUUAUUUUUUAAACUACUCUAAAAUAAUGAUUGCUGUAUAGUAUUUUUUCUGGUCCCAAAGAGAAUACAGUUAAAGUGUUUUAGUGUACACAUGAGCUGUAACAAGGAAUUUAUUUUAGGAGACGUUGUUAAUCAAUUUGGAAAAUAUCUCAAUUCCCCCAUUGUUUACGGUAACUGGUCUAUACCGCUCAGGUACAAGCUAGCAUGUUUUGUAGACUUAAAAAACUAAUAUUACGAUAGUGGCGUAAAUGGAACGUCAUGUUACGUUACGGGAAAUUUAAUCUUAAAUCAAGAUGAAUGUGCUACUUCUGAAGGAACCAAGAGAUGGAGACCAAGGACCUGAUCCUUACAUUCAGGAGAUGAAAAUACGUGGCCUUCAAGCAACUCUUCUGCCUGUUCUCUCUUUUAAAUUUGUUUCACUUAAUACCCUGACAGAAAAGCUUUUCCAACCGGAAAAACAUGGCGGCCUCAUAUUUACGAGCCCGAGAGCUGUAGAAGCUGUGAAAAUGUGCUUGAACGACAGAAGAGAAGAAUGGGAGCGCUCAGUGAAAGACAAGUGGAACGCGGUUUAUGUAGUGGGCAAAGCUACGGCUUCCUUAGUACGCCAUCUUGGUUUGAACCCCGUUGGUGAGGAUACUGGGACGGCGGAGGUUCUGUCACGUGUCAUCAUUGAAAGAGAGGACAACAGUAUCCUACCACUUUUCUUCCCAUGCGGCUCUAUCAAAAGAGAAGUUCUGCCUACGGCGUUGAGGGAGAAAGGUGUUCCCCUUGAGACGUUGACCGUCUAUCAAACAGCAGAGCAUCCUGAUGUGGUGAAGAAUCUGAAGGAGUAUUUUGCUGCACAGGGCCCCCCAGCUAGUGUGGCCUUCUUCAGCCCCUCGGGUGUCAACUUCUGCUUGCCGGCCUUGCGCGGGCUUGCUGGUGAGCGGCUCACGCAAAUUAAGUUCGCCGCCAUCGGGCCUACCACGCGGGACGCCAUGCAAACCGAGGGUUUAAGCGUCAGCUGCACUGCCGAGAAGCCCACGCCGCAGCACCUGGCGAAGGCAAUUAGCAAAGCACUGAAGUGACAUUUUCAUUCAAAUUGGACAUUAUGUGAAGUACAACCUUUCAAACUAAAUUUCCGUGUUGGCCAAAAAUACCAACAAAUUUAGGUGUAAAAACAGUGUCUAGUGGGUAUAUCUUUAAAAUUAUUUCUGUCAUUUUUUUGUAUGUAAAUUCA